AAAUAUUGCUCUUCUUGCUGUCGAGAUAGGCAAGCCUGGGCAAGCCGCAAGUGUCAAAAAGGAGCUCGAAAGUCAAAGUCAAAACAAAUAAAUAAUUUUAAUCAUGUUGCUUUUUAAUAUUUUUUUAUGUAUAAAGAACUGAUAAUAUUUCUUCGAAACAAAAAAAUGGUUUGUGAUAAAUGUGAAAAGAAACUCGGCCGUGUAAUCACUCCUGAUCCUUGGAAAGUGGGCGCAAGGAAUACAGUUGAGUCAGGCGGCAGAAAAGUUGGCGAAAAUAAAGCUUUAACUGCAAAGAAGGGGAGAUACAAUCCGUACACAUCGAAGUUUCAUGAAUGCAAAAUAUGCAGAACAAAAGUGCACCAAGUAGGAUCACAUUACUGCCAAGCAUGUGCCUACAAGAAGGGUAUCUGUGCAAUGUGCGGGAAGAAAAUUCUAGACACUUCUAACUAUAGACAGAGUUCCACAUAGUAUUUAUUGUUAUAUCAUUACGGAAAAAGUGUUAUAAGAAUACAAAGUUGUAUUUUUCUGGCAGAUUGGAACAAGGAUGGAUAUUGUUAUACUAAUGUCUGUGAGACAUCAUCUGGCAGUUAUACAGUCACCAAACUAAUAUAGUAUACCAGUUAUUGCAGAAAACUUAAUUUGUUGUCUGUAUAAUGUAUUUUAUGAGCUUUCUGUUUAAAAUUUUUUAAAUUCUGUCCUUAUUGUAGUAGUUGAACAUCAGUUAGUAGAAUACAGCUUUCAGAUAAAUUACAUUUGAUCUGUGAUAGGCUUUUCUUUGAUGAUGACUGAAGCUUGACAGUCUUGAAGCCACACAAACAAUUAUAAUUAUAAAGUUAAAAAUUAACACAAAUAAUUUUACAAAUUAAUAAAUUGUUUCAUUGUCUUUCUAGAAGAACAAUUCCGGGGGACUGAUGUUAUUUUGGAAAGAGUCAGAUUAUUAAUACUAUGAUAAUAAUUAUUACAAUUUAUACCAAAUAACUAUUGCAUAAAAUUUGUUAUAUUUUAUUUAGGUUCUAUGUACACAUACAUAUAAUAUCACCUAAUUGAGACAAAGUACAAAAUCUGAUAGCAAUACAUGGUUUUCAUAUAAAAAGUGACAAUUUUAUUCAUGCCUAUGGUAAAAUAGGAUGAGAAAGUCUCCAUUCAGAAUGUGGGGUUCUUCCUGUCAUAAUUUUAAUUAGAAGUAAUAGGAGUAAGAAAAUUAAGAUACCAACAUCUUAUUACUUUAUCUCACCUGUUUGCCUGUCCAUUUGGCUGUAUCUCAUAAACAACAAUAGUAAUAGAAAGCUGAAAUACUCACAGAGGUAGUUUUCUACUUUGCUUCUUUUACUUGAAAAUCUUAUUUUUUUAAUUUGUAUUAAAAAAAAUACCGUAAAUGCCUCUUUAAGCAUACUGUAUAGUAAAAAAAUAUAUAGUGUUAAUGACUUUCUUAAUGAUACCACAGGUUGGAUAUCGAGCGACCAGCAUUAGGCUAUCAAAUAAUACACUUUUUGGAAAGAUAUAUAAAAAAGAAGCCAGUUGUAUUUCUUGCACCUUUUAUUUUUUUGUUAUGUUUUAUUUCUUCAUUACUACUUGUUAAAGCUGUAAUACUCAGAGGUCUAAGUUAUUGAAACCUGUUUAAGUAAGACAUACAGCAACUCUCAACAUUAACCCCCUUAUUCAUAAAAGUCUGCUAACUUAAAGCAUUGCUAAUUCACACUCUGUCUUCUUCUAUUGACCUAAGUCAGAAUGAGAAAAAACACUCCUUAGCGGCUGUUUAAAGUUAGCGGACCAUUAUGAAUAAGGGGGUAAAUAUUAUUAUAUUCAGAUUAUUUAUACAUCACUCAAUAAAUAACUCUUUAUAUACAAAAUAAUACAACAAAACUCAAAUAGUCUAUUAAAAUUAAUAGAUUACACUUCUUUUCAGGUCUAAGGCAUAGUUUGUCAAAUGGGUGGUAGUUUGAUGUUCAAUAAGUGAUUUUAAAUCAUAUUAUGAAUUAAAAAAAUAAUAAUUUAAAGUAACAGAAUCAUGGGUCUCAAAAUCUUGAGUGAUUGAUUGCCAAUAAUAAUAAUAUGGUCUCUGGUCUAGUCCACCCCAAACCAGACCCUAGAAGUUUGAACAACAUUUCUCCACGUCAUAUAACUAAACUGGAUGGAAUGUGCUCAAUGCUGUUAAGUUUCAUUUCAAGAUUAUAAAAUUUAUAAACAUUUAAUGUUUUAUGAGAUAUGUCCGUAAAGUAGAUAAUUGAAAUCUGUAUGGAUUGAAACGAACGAUAACAAACUCAAUGAAACUAAUAAUUUUUAGAUCUUAUAAUUUGUUAUUUUUCUUCACCAUUCAGCAGUCAAGUUCGUUUAAUGAUAAUAUUGAAUGGAAUAAUGUCAACCAAUUUUCUUAUAAGUCACUCUUAAAAUCUUUGGUGAAUGUGAACGAAGCGCGCAUGAAAUCUUUGAACAGUAUGGUGCAUCUGAAUGACUAUCACUUAGGAAGCAUAUUGAUGAAGAAGAUACUAAGGGAAUCUUCAGCACCGGAUAAUACAAUUUAUUUGGUAUCUGUAAGUUGUCACAAUUAUUUGCACCUUAAAUCAUUUAUACUUCUAGAUAGAUUUUUAUGGAAAAAGAGGAUAUAGCGUACGGGUAACCAUGUUAAGUGAUCACCGCCUCCCACAUUCUCUUGACACACCAGAAAAAUCACAGGAUCGUUGCCGGCCUUUCACAAAGGUGUACGGCGUACGCACUCUUUUGAAGGUACCCAUGUAAUAUCGUCCCGGAAACAGCUCAUUCCACAACUUGGUUGUAUGUAAUAUCUACCAGGUAGAAUAUUAUAGUCAAGGUAAUAAAUAAUUGAUUUUGGCAUGUAAUCAAAUAUUCAGAAUUAAACACUAAAAUCACAUUAUCACGUUAAACCAAUUGAAAAUUUAAUUAAAAUUUUUUCGAUGC